GUUUUUAAAAUUUCCCGUGCCUCUCUCUUUACAUGCAGAGAUGGAAAUGUGUAUCUCAAGUAGCUGGGAUACAUUGUUAAAUCAGACAAUUGCCAGCCAUUACUGUCUGUCCAUCUUUUAUCCAAGAUUCCCAAGUACAUGAGGCCAUUCUCCAGGAAUUCUGAAUGAGGUGAUAGAUAAAUAGCUGUAAAGCAUCAAUCAAUCUGCCUAAGAGUCAGAUGAUGGUUACAUUUUAACAAGGCACUGCAAGAAAAUCCCCACAGUUGGUUUUCUAGUUUUAAGCGGUGAUGUUAGUGGAGGGGUGGCAUGAUUUAAGUAACAAAGACUAUGACUGUUGGCCUCUAGAAAAGCCAGAUGAGUAUAAUAUGCUGGACUGUGGAGGACUGGAGAUGACAUGGGUACAAAGGCCUCCAGAAAAGGCUGUCAGUGGGGAAUCCUUCAAUGUCACCUAUUCAGUCUUUGCUUCAGACAGUUUUUAUCAAUAUGCUGUGCAAAAUGGAAUCCUUUCCCACAGCAAUGCUACUGCUGCAAAGGAAUUCUGUGAGGAGCAUGAAUGUCCCGUCAGAUGGAAAGAUGCAAAUGGGGACAACUGCUGUAUCUACCAUGCCAACAUUCAUUCCUGCCCGUUGGCCUUCAUGGCUAAAGGAGGAAUAUGUGGUCCGUGGAUACCAGAUGAUGGUCAGAUAUUUACUCACACUUUGUCUACUGCUGGCAAAAUGAGCCAAAGAAACUGGACUGCCAAGGUUGUUUUAGUUCACGUGGGUGUGACUUCUCUCAUUGCACACAUCAGAGUUGGGAGAAUCCAAGCUGCUCUGGAAGCAAAAACCACAGUCCUUCCUGCAGUAGUCUGUGGAGAUGGCUUUUGUGAGGAAGAAGAAGGCUGCUCUAUAUGCCCAGCAGACUGUGGGGAAUGCCCUCUUUCUGUUGAGAUUAGGAUAGCAAUUGCCUUACCAAUAUGUUUAGUCUGCACUGGCUUUAUUUUAGCAGUCAUGUGGUUUCAGUAUCAGAAACAAAAGAUGCUUUGGGAUGAAAGCUGGAUUAUAGACUUCACCAGCAUCAAACAAGAUUGCAUUAUACGGACAGCAACAGGAAGCAUGAUGAGUGCCCCCCCAGCACCCAGUGACUCCUGUGUCAGUUGUGUUACUGCUCUGAGCUCCUGCACAGCAGCUGCCAACACGGCCAGGAGGAAGUACUUCACCCAAACUGGGAGAUAUGAUGGUAGAACAGUGGCCAUAAAGAAAAUAAUGAAGAAGGCAUUUACACUGUCUAAAACUAUACGUAAAGAAGUAAAGCGAGUGAGGGAACUUGAUCAUCCCAAUCUCUGCAAAUUCAUUGGAGGUUGUAUAGAAGUUCCAAAUGUUGCCCUUGUCACAGAGUACUGCCCCAAAGGCAGCCUGAGUGAUGUGCUCCUCAAUGAAGAUAUUCCUUUAAACUGGGGUUUCAGGUUUUCUUUUGCUACUGAUAUUGCUCAAGGAAUGGCUUAUCUCCACCACCAUAAAAUGUAUCAUGGACGGUUGAAGUCUAAUAACUGUGUGAUAGAUGACCGGUGGGUUUGCAAAAUUGCAGAUUAUGGCUUGCAGUCAUACAGAAAAGAAGAUUCUCCUGAUGGAUCAAGUUCAUCCCAGCAGCAUUUGAUUUACACAGCUCCUGAAAUACAUACUCUUUCAGAUUUUGAACCCAAUUCUAUGUCAGAUGUCUACAGUUACGCCAUCAUUUUACUAGAAAUUGCCACAAGAAGUGACCCUCUGGCAAAAGAUGAUGUGCAUUCAGCUGAAUAUUCUCAGUGCCCACCUUUGGCAGAAUUAAUUUCAGGAAAGACUGGGAAUUCUUGCCCAUGUCCCACAGAUUAUACAGAGUUAAUUGAAAGGUGCAGAAGAAAUAAUCCAUCCCAGAGGCCUACAUUUGAACAAGUCAAGAAAAUGUUGUACAAGAUGAAUCCUGUUAGCCCUGUUGACAUGAUGAUGACUCUGAUGGAGAAAUAUAACAAACAUCUGGAGGUACUGGUUUCUGAGAGAACCCAGGAUUUAAUGCAUGAAAAACAGAAGACUGAUCGUCUGUUGUAUAGUAUGUUGCCAAAACAAGUAGCAGAUGAUCUCAGGCAAGGAAAACAUGCACAAGCUCAAACUUACUCAAGUGCCACCAUCUUCUUCAGUGACAUUGUGGGCUUCACUGAGCUGUCCAGCAGCAGCACACCAUACCAAGUGGUAGACCUCUUGAACAAGCUUUAUACCACUUUUGAUGAAAUCAUAGAUAACUAUGAUGUCUAUAAGGUGGAGACAAUAGGAGAUGCCUAUAUGGUGGUGUCGGGAGUACCCAAGGAGAAUGGGAUCCUUCAUGCUGGCGAGAUUGCAAGCAUGGCUUUAGACCUUCUGGAUGUCUGCAAGACUUUUAAGAUCCCACACAAGCCUAGUACCCUCCUAAAGAUAAGAGCAGGAAUACAUUCAGGGGCAGUUGUAGCUGGAGUUGUUGGAACCAAAAUGCCACGGUACUGUUUAUUUGGAGAUACUGUGAACACAGCUUCCAGGAUGGAAUCUACCAGUGAAGCUCUUAAAAUACAGUGCAGUUCAAGUGCAUACCAGCUGUUGGAGCAGAUUGGAGAGUAUGUGUUAAUAUGUCGUGGGAAUUUACAAGUCAAGGGGAAAGGAGACAUGGUCACAUACUGGCUUGAAGGAAAGAAAACCUCUGUCACACAGAAGGCAGUCACCAGCACUCCAGGGACUCCUCAAGAUGCCAACAGAGUUUCAUAUAAUCCGAUACCAGGUGUCCUUCCCAGUGAUCCUCUCUGAAGUCCUGUUUCCUAGUCACUCAUUAACUCCAGUAUCCCUCUGCUUUCAGUUAUUAGGUCAUCCUGCUGAAUUAGAAAAUUAGAAAAGAGAUAAUACACCCCUUUGGCCUUGUGAAUGUAUUAGCUCAGGCUUUAUUUACAGAUGUUUCUCCCAGCAGUGGCACUGAAAAUACAAAAAAGGCAAAAAAACCAUCUUAUGGAGUAAUAUGUAGAAAUGGCCCACCAGCUACCAGAGCAGAAGGUAGCUCCCAGUGUUACUUCUUGAUUUGAUUUUGAUGGGAAAUCCUCAGCCAGCAGCCAUGACUUUAAAAUUAGCUAGUUGGACAUUCCAGCCCAUGAGGUACUCCCACGGGAGACAAUGUAGUGUUACUAUUUAGUGGUAUCAUAAACUCUGUGGGCGUGGUUGGUUUUGUGCUGUGAAAGGGAAAAAUGAGGUGUGUAUUGUGUGGGGAAGUAAGAUCCAUCAAAAGAGGAGGAUAAAGCAGAGAAAUUAUAGUGGAUACAAAUUGAAAUGAAUUUGUACUCCUAUUUCCAUUUCAUCCUUACUGUCUGGAGCUUAGAAAGAAGAAUUACGAAAAAAGUCUGGUGUGUUUCCAUGCAGCCAUUUCCUAGUGACACCUGCCAUCUUGCUGCAGGGAGCUGAAAAUCUUGGGAGAGAAAUGCAAGACAUUGUUUGCUGUUGCUAAACAGGAUAAAGUUCACUACAGGUGCUCUUGUCUUUGGCUGCUCUGGGAUUUCUCUGAAAAAUAGCUCUCAACAUUAACUGAUGUUGUUGCUUUGACAAAAGUGGCAGUGAACCUACUAUUGCUGGACAGCUGUCUGUCAGUGAAAUCAGCCAGCCCUCUGAGUCACUGUGUAAUUUAGGACACAGUUUAGGAAAGACCCAGCAUUUCCCGUAAAGAGAGAACCAUCACUACAUCACUACUAGUAAUGUCUAGAUGAACAUGAUUCUUUGAGCAUAGCUGGUGUUGGCUUUAUACUUACCUUUCGGGGUCAAUCUGUUUUGAAAAGUUUAGCCCAUUCCAGUUCAACUGGUUAACCAAUCUAACAGAGUAAGUGAAACUGAGAGUCAAAGGAUCUCAAGUGUCAAAGAAUUUCCACCAUAAUGUGAAAUAGACUGGAUAACGCUAAAUGGGAGGAGAUAAAAAGGAAGGACUUUGAGUGACACAGCAGCACUUACUCCUGCUUAUUCUACUCCCUUACCCUCCAGUCUGUCCCUGAUCCUAGGUAGAAGAACAAAAGCAUGCAUGUAGUUGCAUUUUUUCUCGUAUUUGUGUAGUUUAACCAAACAGCUGACAACUUAUUCAUAUUCCUAUGUAGCUAGCAUAGCUUCAACUUUUAAUUCCAAAUAUGUGCUGUGUAGUAGUGACAGGAGUAUCACGCUAUGGUCUUUUUUCAGCUUCUGUGAGAAGUAAAUGCAGCAGUAAUGAUUGAGUUUUCAGGGAUGCCUAAGACAGAUAGAAAGUUAAGUACUCCCAAAUUAUAGGAGAUUUUUUUGAUCUACACAGAAAAGAUAUAUAGCAUUCUGGGUCUGUAUGUCUCGGAAUGUAUCUGCAACUUGAAUAGAACAAAAAUCACAGCAAGGGACAUAGACGUAGCUGACUUUGGCACAUGAGAUCCCAACAUAAACUCCAGCCAAAUCUUUUUAAAUCAAAAUUUUUAGUUAGUUUCAUAUUUUUCUAAGCUUAAAAAUUCCAUUCUCCUUUUUAAAAUUUCAUAUUAGAAGGUAUAAUUGUUUUGUAAUCUUAGCAGAAUAAACCUUUCAGUUAUCAGUAGCCCACCCAGAGAUAUCCUCCUAUAUAACUAUUUCCUUUAUCCAAUUGCUAUCUAGAAAUUGUGAA